AUACAGCAGUGACGUAAUCCUAAUGGUUACCUAGAAUAACUUGUGAUUGCAAUCAAUGAAAGGUAGUUUGGUUAUGUUUGGCAGGCACGUACUUCUGUCAACAUAGCAAGAAAAUGGGCUUGUUUGGCAAAUCUCAAGAAAAAAAUCCCAAAGAAAUGGUUCAAGAAUGGACACAUAAAUUAAGGAAAGAAGGCUAUCAAUUGGAUAGACAGGUUAGAGCAAUUCAGCGGGAAGAAGAAAAAAUAAAGCGUUCACUAAAAGAAGCAGCAAAAAAAGGUGACAAAGAUGUUUGUAAAAUUCUAGCAAAAGAAAUAAUACGUGCACGUAAAACUUGCAAUAAACUUUAUACGUCAAAAGCACAUAUGAACUCUGUUUCAUUACAAAUGAAAAAUCAGUUAGCAACGAUUAGAGUUGCUGGUUCUGUCCAAAAAUCUACAGAAGUGAUGCAAGCAAUGCAGUCAUUAGUAAGAGUACCAGAGGUAGCAGCAACAAUGAGAGAAUUGUCAAAGGAAAUGAUGAAAGCUGGUAUUAUUGAAGAAAUGUUAGAUGAAACUAUGGAAUUUGUGGAAGAUUCUGAGGAAGUGGAAGACGAGGCAGAUGAAGAAAUUGACAAAAUCUUAUGGGAAGUAACUGCAGGUCAAUUAGGUACAGCACCUGCAGUUGUUACAGAAACACCAGGAUCUGUUAUAGCGUCUACUUCCGCAGAAGAAGAAAGUGAAGAUGUAAAUGAUAAGGAACUUGAAGAAAUGAAACUGAGACUACAAAGUCUUCGUAGCUAGGUGUAAUAUAUAAAUAAUUCAUCUGCAUUGACUUCAAUAUCAACUUACACUUAUUGAACAUAUACAUACAUAAGGUACAAAUACAGUGGAAUGAAUGCCUAUCAUAUUUCAAUGCAUACUUCAAUAAUAUUUCUUAACAAUAUCUAAUUGAUGCUUUUAUAUUAUAUUAAAUAACCAAAAGAAAAUAAGUAUUAUAAAAAUGAAAACAAUUUUUAUUUUGACUAUAGUUUUUAUGAUCUAUCUCUUUCAUCUAAUUUUUAUAAUCCAGCUUUUAUAAUCUGUGUGUGAUUUGUAGGAUGUCACUAUAUUUCAACUACAUAAGUCAUAAAUACAGAGAAGCUGGCUUCUUGGUUAUAUUAUGUUGAAAGAUACACUUCUUAAUUUAAUUACAAUCACCAAAAUCUUGUAUUAAUAUGUAUUAUAUAUAAAUAAUGGUUUUAAUUGUUA